AACCAGGAAUAUGCAAUGCAUUUUUCAGCAACAUCCGGAGAGUUUCUAGACAACCCAUCAUCUCGAUCAGCCAUUGCCUCAAUUCCCUGUUAUUAAAUCUGGGGUUUUGCAAGUUCAGAAUUUAACCGGGGAAUUACCAGAGACGCGGAAAUGGGGGUUCGUGAUUUUUACGGUACUUGCAUGGAUUUACUAAACGGCAAGGCCUUUCGGUCUUUUCGCGUUGUUUACUCUGGUGAGAUUGUUCAAAGAAUGUUCAUAUUCAAGAAACGGUGCAGAAAAGAGGAAAAAGGAAAACUUCAGAUUUGGAUGGGAGGUUCAAGGAGAAGAUCAUUCUAAAAAAGACUGCGGUUUUCAUAGUUCAAAUAUUUAACAGGGUUAACCAACAAAAGCUGAUCUCAUAUCUGAGCCUGAACCUGAGCAAAGCAAUUAAUGCCAUGGAAUGAAUUCAGAUGCACUUU